CAUAGAAAAUGAUGUAUCUUUGGAGAUUUAUAUAGAUGAAUAACAAACGUAUCCAAAUGAUUUUGGUAAUUAUUCAGUUCAUAAUGCCAGAGCAGAACUAAAUGGUAGAAAUAUUGUUCGCUUUUACCCGAGGAGUGUUUUUAGUGUGACACCCUUGUGUCCAGAACAACUUGAUAUCAACAUUACGCUUAUACGAAAUUUGUGUUAUUCAUUCUAAACAGUUGGUUAGCUAACGAGUUAACUAGAGCUAAAUGAGUAGUAAAAGCGACUCCCACAAUGGCAACCGUUCCGAGCGUAACGUGGCUUACAUUUACAGUUCACAGUAUAUCGAAACUUGCGAUUCACUAUCAAAAGUCCCAAACAGGGCAAGUAUGGUGCACUCUCUAAUAGAAGCCUAUGGAUUACUGAAACAUAUGAGUGUGGUGAAACCGCGUGUAGCAACCAUGGAGGAUAUGGCAGUCUUUCACACGGAAUCAUACCUGGAGCACCUGCAUAAGAUCAGUGAAGAGGGGGACAAUGAUGAUCCUCAGUCUGUUGACUUUGGUCUUGGUUACGACUGCCCAGUGGUGGAGGGUAUUUUUGACUAUGCCGCGGCGGUAGGCGGAGCCACCUUGACGGCGGCCCAGUGCCUCCUUGAUGGGAAGUGCAAAGUGGCAAUCAACUGGGCCGGGGGCUGGCACCACGCCAAGAAGGACGAGGCCUCUGGUUUCUGCUAUAUCAACGAUGCCGUGCUGGGCAUUCUGAAGCUGAGGGAGAAGUAUGAGAGAGUGCUGUACGUGGACGUGGACCUGCACCACGGCGAUGGUGUGGAGGACGCUUUCAGUUUCACAUCUAAAGUCAUGACCGUGUCACUGCACAAGUUCUCUCCUGGCUUCUUCCCAGGAACUGGAGAGCUGUGUGAUACUGGACUUGGGAAAGGACGCUGGUACACUGUUAACGUUCCCCUGGAGGAUGGCAUUGGAGAUGAUAGAUACUUCCAGGUGUUCACCAGUGUUAUACAGGAAGUGCGUGCGCUGUUUAACCCGGAAGCAGUUGUGAUGCAGCUGGGAGCAGACACCAUGGCCGGGGACCCCAUGUGCUCCUUCAAUAUGACCCCUGUGGGUGUUGGGAAGUGCCUGUGCUACGUACUGGAGUGGGAUCUACCGACACUGCUGCUCGGAGGAGGCGGCUACAACCUUGCCAACACCGCCCGAUGCUGGACCUAUCUGACGGGCGCGGUGCUGGGCCAAGCGCUUCCCUCGGAGAUACCGGACCAUGAGUUCUUCACAGAGUAUGGGCCGGACUACUCCCUGGAGAUCAGCCCGAGCUGUCGACCCGACCGCAACGAGACCCAGCAUCUGGACCGGGUCAUCAGCACCAUUAAAGGGAAUCUGAAGAAUGUAGUUUAAGACCAAGCUUCAGCUCCUAUUUCGAAAUCAGGCCAAGCUAAUGAAGACAGUAUGUGGAAGAGAUUGCCAGAGGGAGCUUUGGAAAACAUUACUUGAAUGUUUCCAGGGGACUCUUUAAUGGGUAAACGAGUAUGCUGAUUUUGCCCAUUUAAUUCUUUUUUUAAAGGGUGGGUGGUUUUUUUUAUUGCAAGUCCUUUUUGGAACUAAUAUUAGAUUAAACACACAUACAAAUAUUAUAUGGAAUCCAUUUUAGCCAUGUGUUCGGCGUAAUGUUAUGUUAUGUGCUGCUUAAAACAUGCAGACGGGGUUUAAGUGCUGUGUUAAUGUCUUUUGAAAUUGGUCGUUACUUGCCGGUGUCUUAGAGGGAGGCUUCGACACUGUGUGUUAUGUAGUGAUACUUUCCGAUUGAAAUGCAGAUCAGAUGUAUGGACCAGCCCAGCCCCAUCCUCGUGGAUUUGACUUACCACACCCUGUGAUAAGUGCUUUCGCUCCUCCUAUCGGACAAAAUCUGCUCUCUACAGCCAGGAUAUGCUGGAUGACACCGAAGGCAAAACCUGGAAUGUUUAUUGGAAUGACUAGUCCGCCAAAAGCCUUUGUGAGGUAUGCUGGCCUAUCAGCUGUGCUGAAAAGAGGAGCUAGAUCCCAAGUGAAAUCUGGGGCAGGGUACAGGUCCAAACUCUGGGGUUCAACAGGAAGUUCAGUGUCAUGUGCUGUUGGGAAGAGAUCGCUCUGUUGUUUUUCCGCAGAUCAAACCCUAAGACAAAUUAAACGACCACUUCCAGUCAUUUCUGCAUGUUCUUUUAAACAGGAACAGAGUAAUGUGGUAACACUGUUUCACUAAACCUUGGAAAUGAUGUUUAUGAAUGCUUUUAUUACAUAUUUCAUCUGCUCUCACUGUGCGUAUUUAUUUAACAAAACCUUCAUUUUUAAGUGAAAGACGAUUGUACAUUGACUAGAAUAAAGGCCGGUGAAAGACA